UUUCUCACUCUUUUCCACCUUCUCUCUCUCUCUCUAUUUCUCUUUCUCUCUCUAUAUGUGUGUAUGUAUCUGUGUGCGUGAGAAGGAAUCUUCAAUAUAAACACGCAUGACUCAUUUCUUUAUGUUUGUAUUUUGGGACUCUGACUCUCAAUAAUAUAUAUAUAUAUAUUGCUUUCAGGUUUGCGGUGUUAAUGUGGGUAUAGUCUUUUGUUGCUGAAUCAAACGCCGUAGCCAUGGAUGCUUCUUCAUUGGAGGCCCAGAAUUGGUAUUUGAUCCAUCAAAGUGUAGUAAGCUAAGCAUUGAGCAGAAAAGGGAAAUAGUGUAUGAAGUGUCAAAGUGGUCGGACAGUGGAGCAGAAAUUCUUCACAUGUGGAGCCGGCAGGAUAUAUUGCAGGUUCUCUGUGCAGAGCUCGGGAAAGAGAGGAAAUACACUGGCUUAACAAAGUCGAAAAUAAUAGAACACCUUCUGAAAAUUGUGUGCGAGAAGAAGGCACUCAACCAGGGUGAUGCUAAUGCUUCUGAAGCACAGCUUUCUUCCGAAAACAGUGAGAGAACUCCCAAAAGGCAAAAGAAAAUUGACAACCCCACCCAUUGGCCUGUGGCAGGAAACUCUGCUGCGACUAGUGUUAUGGAUGUUGAUUUGCGCAAUCCUGUGUAUUGCAAGAAUGCAGCUUGCAAGGCUAGGAUGACUUGCGAUGAUGUGUUCUGCAAAAGGUGUUCGUGCUGCAUUUGUCGAAAAUUUGAUGAUAAUAAGGACCCCAGUCUCUGGCUAAUUUGCAAUGCAGACCCUCCAUUUCAUGGCGUGUCGUGUGGUAUGUCCUGCCACCUGGAAUGUGCUUUACGACAUGAAAAUUCUGGCAUAUUGAAGGAUAGGCAGGAUAAAGGACUGGAUGGGAGUUUCUGUUGCGUAUCUUGUGGAAAAGUGAACGAUUUGCUCGGAUUAAAUAAAUAUUGCAGUUCUUGGAGGAAGCAACUACUUGUGGCUAGGGACACUAGGCGGGUCGACAUAUUAUGCUAUAGGCUCUCCUUAUGCCAAAAGAUUCUUGGCGGGACAAAACAUUAUCAAAAUCUGUCCCAAAUUGUUGAUGAGGCUGUUGAGAAACUAGAAGCAGAAGUCGGCCCUCUCACUGGUCUACCCGUAAAAAGGGCUAGAGGGAUUGUCAAUAGGCUUUCAUCUGGCCCCGAAAUUCAGAGUCUUUGUGCUUCUGCUGUCGAGACUCUUGACUCGAUUCUUUCUGAAAGAGUGUCUGAUGCUCCUCCAGAUUGCGACGUACUUGGCUCAAAGCUCAUCAAGUUUGAAGACAUUGGUGCAUCAUCCUUGAAGGUCGUUCUGGUUCCUGUCGACUCACAUUUGGGAAACUUAGCAACUUACAUGUUAUGGCAUCGAAAAUCUGAUGAUGCAGCCUAUCCGGAGAAGCCUACUUGCAGACUGUUACUGAACACUAAGGUUCUACUCUCCGGGCUGACUCCCGAUACAAAGUAUUUCCUCAAGGUUGUGACCUUCGACAAGGAUAGAGAGGUAUCGUUUUGGGAGUAUGAGUUCAGGACAUUAAAAUCUGACGAUGAAGCUCGACAAGCUAACAUGGAAGUAGAAAGAAGCCAUAGCCCGGCUACUAACUGCAGCACGCUUUCUAAUCCUUCUUCGUUGGAAGAUGAAGCCAAUGAGAACGAUACCAGUCGAGAUGGUAGUAAAUCCGCUUCUGCAGGUUUACCUGGUCUGAACACGAACGGUCUGAAAUCGAGCUUGAAGGAGAUCGAUCUACACGAUGUCCCUUUACUGGAAGAACCCUGCCUAGAGAAAGUUAGCUGCAACCGAAAUGUCGAUGCAACAUUCAGGAACAAGGAUUCGUCGAAUCGCCUGAUCACCGAGGAAGCAAGUAACGAUCAUGGUCCUAACACACCUCAGAUUAACCUCGGACGUGUUCCCUAUCUGGAAUGCUCGGGAGCAGGCAUGCAGAUUACUCCCUACAAACUGGACAUUGUCAAAGAAAGUGUUGGAAGGAAAAACCUUCGGAAACUUGCAGGGGAGGAGCCUCAGGCCGGAAGCUCGUCAGGUAAGCGAAUACGAGAAAGGAUAGGCGAUGAGGAGUCGACAGGCGAUAAAGACUUCGAGUAUUACGUGAAAGUGAUUCGAUACUUGGAGUGCGACGGCCACAUCGAGACUUCAUUCAGACAGAAGUUCCUAACAUGGUACAGCCUGCGAGCUACGCCGCAAGAGAUUCGAAUCGUGAAAGUGUUCAUCGACAUGUUUAGCGACGAUCCCGAGGCACUUGCGGAACAGCUCGUCGACACGUUCUCCGACGCCGUAUCGAACAAGAGAUGCUCCACAGUUCCCUCCGGAUUCUGCACCAAGCUCUGGCACUAGGAGGAUUGAUCAGCCGUAGCAAAUCUGAGAGGUUUGCCUCAAAUCAAUUCUUUAGAUUCAGUAGAUUUUUGUUACAUUAUUAUUCAUCAUUGGCAUAUUAUUAUUACACCAUUGCUCAAAUUCAAUGCCUUGUUAGAUAAUUUCUACUAUUUGGGAUAGUUGCUGGUAUAAAUACACAUUCUUACUUGCUUCAAUAUAUUUAUAUUUAUAUAA